CAGCGAGCAGAGUUAGAUUUUGGUUUUUGGUAGAUCAUGGCAUUGUGCAAGAAUCUUUAAUAACUACAUACCUCUCAUAGAUGACGAACCAGCUAUUCAAAGCAGUGAACAUAGCACUGACGUUCAUACAUGUUUCUUCGAAACUUCUGCCGAAAGAGAGUUACUCAUACUUGUCGAGUCGACAAUAGACGAGCUUACAAGAGAUAAGACAAGGAAUCACAAACCGAGGACUCAGUCCCAGGCUCUUCACCGCCUUGAAGAUGGAGCCAUUGACUGGUGACUGCACAAUAACAGUCUGAAUGCAAUGACAAGCGAAGACAAUUCAUCAACAUUUACUCGAUGUGUAUCAUCGGAUUGGGUACUCAAUGAUCUAAGAGAACUUUUUCAGUUCUAAUUCAUGUCGUUCACAAUGUCGAUCCUAGCGGCAGCCACGCGCGAUCACGUGUAGAGAGCAAUGAUUCCAACCUCCGCGCUCACUCAGAGUAGAUUCAUCGUCUCAAGAAUCUCAAGUCCGACCAUAAGGGAAAAGGCGUAACACCUCCACAUCCCAAAACUUCAACCACACCCGUUACACCCAAGUAGAGUAUGGCCACAACUCGACAUGAUCUCAACCACGCGCCACUCAAUGGGGCCAUCCAGGCCACCGUCCACGAUCUCGAUAAAAACAAUAAACCGAAAACUAUCGACAAGUCCAUUUCAGCCAACCAUGUUCCUCCUCUGUUCCGACUUCCCGGCGAGCUCCUCAUCCUCAUUGGGGAAUUUUACAAUGAGGAGAUGUUUCGUCUCUUGUCAAUCAACGCCAGCGUAUCUGGCCGGGCAGUACAACCAUACGAUUUUCUGGCCCUCUCGCAGGUCUGUCGUCGCCUGAGAGGUGUGUUGAUAUCUGCCGCCAACCUCUGGACCAUCAUCCCUUCGCUACCAUCGACCGAUCGAGACCUCGUCCUGGAGCUACUGCAACGCGCCGAGCCCUAUUCCGUCGCCUUCUUCGCAGUGACGAAAGACCCAUAUGAACAGCUGGUUCCUCAAAUACGGGCUGCUUUACCUCAGGUGCAUACGAUGGCUGUAGAGUUCGCGCUGGACUUCGACGAUGUAACACCAGCCGACUUUCACCCUGUUGUGGGUAUUGCGCCACAACUGCAGUCGCUUGCGAUAAAGCAGACUGCUAUCCCUGACACCGGCGAGGUGGAGAUUCCGGACAUCCUAGACGGCGUCGACAUGCCCAAGCUCAGGUCGCUCGAAGUGAUGAACCUUGAGUUUAUCCCUGCUCAAUUUCCAUGGUCAACCGCGCUCACUAAAUUGACUCUUACUGUUAGUCCAGACGUUGGCCUUACCUUUACGAUACCGCCAAUUCAAGACUUGCCAGACGUCUUCGACCUCUUACGCGAAUUGCCUCAACUUGAAGACCUUGAGUUGAACGGUGCAAUUAGUUCCUUAGGGAACAAUUUCUCGUCUUUAUCUGACGUCAAAGUCGAACUACCCUAUCUUCGACGUAUUCAAGUGGCCAAUCACGGCCGAGCGCCUCUGUUCCUUCUCAAGCACGUUGACAUGCCCAGCAACGCAGUUAUCCAGCUUCAGUUCAAGUCAUUGAUGUUCCCUGGAAGUAUUGUCCAGGUUGUGGAGGCUGUCAACGAAAAGCUCAACGUGUCAGCGCCACUCUUCGCCCUAGCUAUUAGGCCAGUUGACGGAGGGCACAGCGGUGUGCUGGUCGAUGGGUACGCGGGAGUCUCGUCUUUGCAGCAGAUGUGCUCUGGUGAUAUACUACCCCAGCUUCAACUCCAGUUCCCGCCCUUCGGGCGAGAGCCAUGGGUACCGGUGUUCUUUUCUGCGAUCUCGAGACUGCCUCUGUCAGAAGUGGGCGUGCUCUACAUGGGCGACUGGAGUGUCAAGACUCUCACGGAGGAUUCACUGGUGACACUUCUCCAUGAGAUGCCUCGACUCCAUACGCUCUGCUGGGCAGACCCUGUUACUCAACAUCUACCCUCGGUCCUCCUGGCCAAUGUCAACGAUUUGAAGUCGUCUGACGCACUUGACGUGGUUGUCCAACGCCCGCCGCGACUCGAUAGCCCUCUGAUCACGCCUUCUAUUCGAACACUUAUCAUACACAAUGCCAGUCUUGGCGGAGAUGCGGAUGCCAUUCAAGUUUUCCAAAAUCUGCGAACGGCUUUAUAUUUGCGUUACACGCAAUGUAUGCCCAUCGACACGCUUCUAUUCCACCAUUGCAAAAACCUCUCGAAAGAAGAUCGUGACCAUAUCCGCCGACAGUCUUCACCUAUGUAUCCUGUCCGGAGUGUCUUUAUCUCGUCAAUCAAGAUACGUUAAAGUGUACACGUAAUGCAUGUAGUUUGUUUAUAUUAGCUUCCGAAAUGUAAACCGUCAUAUGCUUCUGGACGGUACUUUAGACUAUUAGAUCGUCGUCAAACCGCAUUUCGCACAUGGAUCUUGAACGUUUGAAGUUUGGAGCCUUCAAUCUUUUUGAGUUCACUUU